UUCAAGCCUAAUGACAACCAUUCAAAGAUUCUGAAUUGGCAAACUGAGAAACAGAUUUCUACAGAAAAGAGCGAGAGGAAAUGAAACAGGAAGUUAGCACUAUGGAGGAUGGUAGUAUUCAGAGCUAUUUGGCACCAACUGUAGUUUCCAAGUUGAAGAUAAAAAAUAAAUGCAUUCGAGUGGUCCUGGCAGAGACCCUCUGCACAUUCAUCAUGAUGGUGUUUGGACUUGGCACCGUUGCACAAGUGGUCACGGGAAAUGGUGUUUUUGGAGAGUAUUUCAGCAUAAAUGUAGGCUUUGGGCUGGGUGUGGCUAUGGGUGUGCACAUUGGUGGAAAAGUAUCAGGAGCUCAUAUGAAUGCAGCUGUUUCAUUCACAAUGUGCGUAUUUGGCCGUUUGCGCUGGAAGAUGUUCCCACUGUAUGUUUUCGCCCAGUUUCUGGGUUCCUUCCUUGCUGCCGGGACCAUUUAUUUACUUUAUUAUGAUGCUAUACAUCAUUACUGUGGGGGCAAUUUCACUGUGUCGGGCCCCAAAGCAACAGCUGGGAUCUUCGCUACAUAUCCAGCACCUUACAUCUCAAUUUACACUGGAUUCUUUGAUCAGGUUCUGGGCACUGCAAUGCUGUUGCUGUGUCUGAUGGCUCUGGCAGACCAGAGGAACCAGCCGGUCGUGCCUGGAGGUGAGCCUGUGGGUGUGGGGCUCCUGGUGAUUCUCAUUGGUGUCUCUCUCGGGAGCAACAGUGGCUAUGCCAUCAAUCCUACACGAGAUCUGGGACCGAGAGUCUUCACACUGAUGGCAGGUUGGGGCAUGGAGGUUUUCAGGGCCGGCAAUGGCUGGUGGUGGGUACCUUUGGUGGCCCCCUUUAUUGGUGGAGUGACUGGGGCUUUAACCUACAAAGCAUUUGUAGAGCUACACCACCCUGAUCUUAAGAGCACUAAGACACAGUCUGCAGAAGAUCCUGAAAGCGUUCCUCUGGAAAAGUGCAAGAAUGGCAGUACAGAGAUGUCUGUAUGAGAGUUUCACUCUUAGACCUGAUUAAUUUAAGG